CAUAAUGUGCUUGAAUAUAAUUUUCUGAGAACUGGCAAUGUGUUUAACAAUGGAAACUAUAGCGUUCCCAGUACCUAAUAUUUGAUGCCGAAAAGUUGAAGAAAGAAUGUGUGUUAUAAAUCGAUUAUCUAAAAAUGAUCUUUUGAAGAAUUAACGUACAAAAUUUUUGUUACCAAAUGUCAAAAGACAGAAUGUUAAUCUACCUAAUAUUUCGAAUGUCUGUCGCCUACUGAUUGCAUCAUGCUAUGAUGCACAUUCUUUCCUUUACCAUAGCUCUGAUUGGCUAGUGAGCAGAUGUGCAGUACAGAAAUCGCUUCCCAUUGGGCGGCUAUAGCAUAGCAUAAACUCGACGACCGUGCAUCGUGUAAUGAUUGUGAUUGGUUCGUAGCAAAGUAGUGGGGAGGGUCGACGUUUUCUAUAUAACGGCCGACGAAGGCUUCAAACGGCACAUUUGGCAAAUUCUGCCAUAGUCUUCCAGUACUGUAUUGUAAACAAGCGUUUUCAUUAUGACUGGCCGUGGAAAGGGAGGAAAAGGAUUGGGAAAAGGAGGAGCAAAGAGACACAGGAAGGUACUUCGUGAUAAUAUCCAAGGUAUUACGAAGCCUGCUAUCCGUCGUUUGGCACGACGUGGAGGAGUUAAAAGAAUUUCCGGCUUGAUUUAUGAAGAAACUCGAGGAGUUCUAAAGGUUUUCCUUGAAAACGUAAUUCGUGACGCUGUUACUUACACUGAACACGCCAAGAGGAAGACAGUAACUGCUAUGGACGUGGUUUAUGCUUUGAAGCGUCAAGGAAGAACUCUUUAUGGAUUUGGCGGUUAAAUUCUGCUGCUGAAACAUUAAACCAAACGGCUCUUUUCAGAGCCACAAA